AGCCAAUCACCAACAAGUUGGAAAUCUUGGUCACGAUGCUGGUGGCGCGAGCAUCACUGCGGCGACGUGGCUUCCAUGCCCCGCGGUCGCUCGUCGACGGCGGCGAUCGCAUCCUGCGCGAGGGCGACCCGAUGACCAAGGUCCGCUGGAGCCUCGCGACGCAGCAGUUGUGGCAGGAAGGAAAUCUUCCGCUGUGCCACGAGGAGACGUGGUGUGGGAAUCCGCCCGACUAUCCCGCGCGAGGUCCGCUCCCGCGGCUCUACGACCCCAAGGACAUGCCGAGCGACAAGUCGACUCCGAUUCCGAUCGGAAUUCUGCACGGCCUGGCGCAUAUUGAGCUCGGCGCCAUUGACAACUACUGGGACACGGUCGUGCGCUUUGCGCCGGAGCCCGCCGACGACGUGUACCACCUGCCCCGCGCCUUCUACGACGACUUUGCCAACGUAGCUUGUGACGAGGCCCGUCAUUUUGAGCUCGUGGAGAGCCGUUUGCGCGAGCUGGAUUCGUUUUAUGGCCAGCUGCCCGCGCACCGAGCACUCCUCGAACACGCGGCCAACACACGCAGCACGCUUGCCGCACGACUGGCUGUGAUCCCGCUUGUGCAAGAGGCUCGCGGCCUCGACGCUGGCCCUCGGCUGGUGCACAAGCUGAAGUCUCUUGGUGACCCGGUGUCUGCAGACGUUGUUGCACAGAUUGUGUUUGAGGAACGUGGCCAUGUGGCCCGGGGCAUCGAGUGGUUCACGUACCUCUGCGGUCAGAUCCAGAGAGAUCCCGUUCCGUACUUUCACGAGCUCGUGCGCGAGUUCUUCCCCGACGGUCUCCCGGGGCCGUUCAACCUCGAAGCGCGUUUGGCGUCACACAUGCCGCCGAAAUGGUACCAGCCACUCGAGAUGGCGCCCAAGCCCAAAAAGGCGGCAGCCCCCGUGACAUCGCCACGUCACGUAAACCGUCCGACCAAUGGCAAGACUCUCGUUGUCGCGGGUUGCGUCUGGCCCGAGCGCACGUCGUCGGCUGCGGGCGUGCGUACGACCGACAUGAUCGAGAUGGCGCGCGACGAAGGCUAUGACGUCAUUUGCAUCUCGCCGUGCCGGCCAAACGAACACACGGCGCGCUGGGAGGCAGACGGUGUUGCCUGUGUCCAGCUCGACCCCAACACGGGCGACGUCGAGACGUUCCUCAAAGCGACCCGCGUCGAUACAGUGGUUUUCGAUCGGUUUAUCGCUGAAGAAAUGUACGGCUGGCACGUCGCGACGCAUGUACCGAGUGCCAAACGCAUCCUAGACCUCCAAGACGUGCAUUUUCUCCGAAAAGCGCGCGAGCAUCUCGUGCUCAAAGCCAAGGUGGACUUUGAAGCGACGCUCGGUCUCGACAUUGACGUCGAGCCGGUGCUGCCAAGCGUACUGCGGGAGCUCGCGAGUAUCUAUCGGUCCGACACGACGUUGUACGUCUCCGAGUUCGAGAAAGCGCUGCUUGUCGAGCGCUUUGGCGUACAUUCGGCAUCGCUGGAAGCCCUGGACUACAUGCUGCCGCUCGCUGCGCCAUCGAUGCCGACGCCGUUCGAAGAGAGGGAGCACGUGGCUGUUGUUGGGAGCUUCAAGCACCCGCCCAACGUCGACGGCCUCAAGUGGCUCACGAAUCACAUCUGGCCUCGGACGCGGGAACUCAUUGGGAAGGAUGUGGAGCUCCACAUCUAUGGCUCGUACGCGAGCGCGAAGGACAUGAAGCACUUUGAGCAGCCGCGCGAAAACGUGCGCAUGAUGGGUUUUUGCAAAGACGUGCACGCGACGCUGGGCCAGUACCGCGUGAGUCUCGCGCCACUGCGGUUCGGUGCCGGCAUCAAGGGCAAGGUCAUCGACUCGUGGAUUGCGGGUACGCCCGUGGUAUCGACCAGCGUCGGCGCCGAGGGCUUGCACUUUGACGCAACGGGCGUGUGGGGUGGCCGCGUCGCGAACGCACCAGACGCCUUUGCGCUCGCGACGCAGCAAUUGUACGACGAACCUGGCGCGUGGAAAGCGUGCCAAGACGCUGGUCACGGAAUCUGCCAAACCCACUACGAUCGGCGCAAGCAGCAACACGCUUGGACAGGCGUGCUGCAGACGCCACCGCGGGAAAACUGGCUCGGCCGCGUCCUCUCGUCAAGCCAAUUCCGGGCGACCGAGUACAUGUCGCGCUUCAUCCGAGCCAAGAACGAGGCUGCCGCAUCUUCGAGCUAGUUUACCUCUGUCAUUGCCAAGCUAGUAACCAGCUCCAGCACAUGAAUGCAAAUCCCAUGCACUUAAAGCGCCUUUUAUUCAAGAAAUUGGUAUUCUAGUAA